CCACUUCCUUAAGUGUAGCGGACAGGCUUUGAUGGAUGUAGACGUUUUGUAAACUUGAUAUUUUAGCCUUCUACAGGAACCUAUUUUGUGACAUUAGUGGCACUAUGGAGAUCGCCUGUACACCGUUGCACCAGAGUCUCACAGAACCUUCUCACAACCAAAGAAGCUGCAAUACCCAACGAGUUUGAAUUUCACAACGAGUUUGAAUUUCACGAGUUUGAGUUACUGGUCUUUGCAGCAUGGAGGAGACAUCUAGCUGCCCUAAUGUCAGCAUUCAUUGCCACGUUGAGAUAAGGGACAAGAAUAAGCGCUACACUGUUUACAAAGUGGUGGUUACUGUUGGAAGACAUGAAAGGUUUGUCUUCAGGCGAUACUCAGAAUUUGAUAAGCUGUGCAAUGCGUUGAAAAAACUGUUUCCUUCCCUGAACUUGAAGAUCCCUGCCAAGAGGAUAUUUGGAGACAAUUUUGAUCCAGAGUUUUUAAAGCAAAGGAGGACUGGGUUAAAUGAGUUCAUCCAGCAAAUCGUGUCCCAUCCGCAACUCAUCAGCCAUCCUGAUGUGCGAGCUUUCCUUCAGAUGGACUUCUCAGAAGCUAGAAAUAUUAAAUUGGGUCCAUCUGGAAAUCGACAGUCGGAGGCUCCGUCGGGCCUGGUGUCCCGUACACAGCAGCCUCAGACGCUCGGCUGCCAGUGUUCACUACCCAGCCUGCAGGGUCCGACGGUGGUCAGCGAUGAGGCCAUGCAGAAGAUCAGCGCCCUGGAGACGGAGCUGACCCGCCUCAGAGCUCAGAUUGCCCAGAUUGUCCUGGCGCAGGAACGCCACGCAAACACAGCUGGGUUCUGUACGCAACAACAGCAUCAGACGCUCGGCUGCCAGUGUUCACUACCCAGCCUGCAGGGUCCGACGGUGGUCAGCGAUGAGGCCAUGCAGAAGAUCAGCGCCCUGGAGACAGAGCUGGCCCGCCUCAGAGCUCAGAUUGCCCAGAUUGUCCUGGCGCAGGAACGCCACGCAAACACAGCUGCUCCCCCUCCUCCACCACCUCCUCCUCCUCCCCCACCCUUACCUCCACCGCUACCCCCAACCGGUAGUAGGUGUUCGGCCAUUGAGCUCAUCAGAGAGCGCCGCGGCACAAAGGACAACAGCCUACAGCAGACUAUGCUGGUCUCGGGGCCCAAACAGCCCAGCAUGCUAGACGUGCUCAAGGACAUGAGCAAGGUCAAGCUGCGCUCCGUCCAGAGGCGGCCAGAGGAAGGCCACACCAAGCGAAAGCCCACCAACCCGACAGAUGAUGCUAGCUUCAUAGCUGAGGCCCUGAAGAACAAGUUUGCCCGCAACAGGCGCCGCGAGGAGAGCGAGAACCAGGGCAACUUCGACCUGCCUUUCCCUGAGCCCAAGCCCAAACCCCACACGGACACGCCUCUGUUUGGGCAGCACAUGCUGAAGCGAGCGUGGAAGAGGAGUAUCCAUAGUAUGGCAAGUCAAUCAUGCCACUAUUACAUCUUUUGAGUGGAAGGUUCGAAUCCUGCUUAGGAAGCAACUUUUUCGCAGUGUUUUUUUUUUUUUCAUUUGAAUUUGCCUACAUAUAUUGAUAUUGAUGUGUAAUCUUUUGUAGGUAAAACUGUGUUUUUUAUGUAGUCUGAAAAAAUAUAGGCUUAUCCCUAUGUAGGCCAGCACAGUUGCUGCAAAGAUGAUUAGGCUAUCUUACGCUAGCCAAUUUUUAUGUAGUUUGCCACAUUAUUUGUCACAUUCUAAAUGCAGUACCACUGUAUGACCACAAGGGUGGAGUGGUUACCUCCUUAUGAGCGCUGGCUGAAGUAGUGUUUGUAUUUGUAUGUGGUAUAUCGAAUUCACUGUCUUAUUUAGUGUUAAUUUC